AUGACAUUGUCGAUUACCGAAUAUGUGUAAAUUAUUAUUAGUAGUAGUAUAAGCAGGACAUUCAUAGUUUAUUCGUUUAAAAGUAGUAUUUUCAAUAAUUACCCAUAGGUAAACUUCAAAACUCAUCAAACAUCAACAAUGUCCGACGAAAUGAGCGCGGGUCAAAGUAAUUUAGAUUCUUCUCAAGAUACAGAAAGUAUUUCUAUGGUGGAAAUACUUGAAGAGGAGAAUAGGCUCAAAGCAGACGCUGCUGCUGUCUUAGGAGCCAGCGAUGACAAGAAUUGUACUUACAGUAAGGGUUAUGUGCCAAGACAGGCUCUGUAUGCCUGUUCUACAUGUUCACGGUCUGAAAAUGUAUUAGCAGGCAUUUGUUUAGCUUGUAGUUAUGAAUGUCAUGAAGGUCAUGAUCUCUAUGAGUUAUACACAAAAAGAUCAUUUAGAUGUGACUGUGGUAAUGAAAAGUUUCCAAAUUUAAUUUGUAAAUUUGAAAAGGAAAAAGACGCAACUAAUAGUAGAAAUAGAUAUAGUCAGAAUUUUAAAGGAUUAUACUGUUCCUGCCACCGUCCUUAUCCUGAUCCAGAUGAUGAGGUUGAAGAUGAUAUGAUUCAGUGUAUAUUAUGUGAAGAUUGGUAUCAUGGACGACAUUUGGGUUUAGAAGGUUCUUUACCAUCAGAUUUUGAAGAGAUGAUUUGUCCUGAAUGUGUCAAUAAUCAUGAUUUCUUGUCAGCCUACGCAGUCAAUACUGCAGUGACAGUAGUUGAAAAAGAAAAUGGUAAAACACAAGUAGAUGUUGUCAACACUGAUGAAGGAUCAUCUACAGGAAGAAAACGUAAUUUAUCUGGAGAAUGUACUUCCCCACAAAAGACUACGUCGUUUAGUUCUUGA